AAGUCUGGACUCUAAAUCGAAAACAUUGAAAGUAUUGAGUUUUUUUUUUUUUCAAAAUAAAUGUGACCUCAGAACAAGAAUUAUGUUUUUUUUCUCCAGAUAUUGAAAAUAAUUUUAAUAUAAUAAUAAGUUAUAUAUAGUUGCAAGUGUCUAACAGAAUUCAGCUCACAGAAAAUCAGUUAUCGUCUUGCUGUGGCAUCCUGAACUGUCACGGGCCUCUGGGAGGUCGCUGCAGCCGAUCUGCAGAGCAUCUGCCCCACCUACUGUAACAGCAACGUGGUGGACUGUCAAGGAAAUCCGCUGAAUGUUCUUGUAAACACACUUCGGGUGUGCGCAGCCGAUUAAAGUUACUCUCAGUGUGUGUCGGUGGGGCACACAGACUCUGUCGUGCACCAAGUCCCAUCAAAACCUUCAAGAAACGCAGAUUUAAACACAACGUGUUAACGAGUGAAAUCCCCUCCCGGAGUCAGAUGAAUCGCAUCAGCACCGAGAGGCCCCUCCGGGAGUUUAAUUGUUGGAGGAGACAACCCACAGUGAGCCGCGCUGAUGCAGCACCGCACUUUUUUCACACUUUUAACACGUUUUGGCGAUUGAACUCUGGGAAAAACCACCUCUGAAGUCACUAUUAUCAAGUGAGCCGGGUGCCAUAAAUUCGCUCAAGUUUGCGGGAUAGUUUUUUUUUUUAAACUGUGUGUUUCUGUACAGAGAGACACGCUGAACGUUUCAGACGAGACGCAAAGCAGUCGCACAACAACACCUACAGAAGCCGCUGCCGCUCUCUGACUGUAACCAGUCCGUGUUUCGCUGGUUUGUACUGGACGUGCGUAAAUGAAGGACAGCUCUGCCUGUUUCCACGACUGCUUUUGUGCUCCGCUUUUACGAAAGAGAGAGAGGAGAGAAUUUCGUCAGAUGAAGAAUAAAAACAUGGAUGAACAUGCUGCAGAAGAAGCCUCAUAAAGGUCUGACCAAAACCUUCUUAGCUCUAUGGACACAAUAACUGAGAGCCUGUGAACCGUGAAGAGGAGAAGUUAAUGCAUUAAAUACAGGGAACCUGAAAAAAGCUUGACUGACAACUGCUUUUCAGCAAACUCGCAUAUAACUGCCAAAAGCUAUAUGACUACCAGAGAAUUAUCAACUGGACGACUAGGAUUUUUCCUAGUCUGGUUUUUGAUGUGGAUCAUGUAACUGUAAUGUUCUGGCUCUCCAGUGUCAUCGAAGACGUGAAGCAAAGCCAAGUUACAGUAGAGAACCACAAUUAAAAAGACUUCACGUGGGCUUGAGAAUACAUAAGAGAGACAAAAAGCAAACCUUUGUAUCCACCGUCAUCUUCUUCCUUCAUGCAGCUCCCUGCUUAGCUUUAUUGAAAAGGAGGAGCCCAUUAAAGCAUUUGACAGAUAGGAAGGCUUGGUCUGAAGGUGUUGGUGGCUGGCUGCCGGUCGGAGAUGAGAUAAGAGCCCUGGGAAGAGAGAAAAGAGGUGCCUGUCUGACAGGAGCUGAAUACAAAUUAGGAUUCGUCUCUCCUGCAGCUACACCAGUGAGGCGAAUCACUGUCGGAGAAGCGAAAUAGACAAAUUAGUCUGCUUCGAUUACAGGUGCAUUAGUUGUGAACUGAAAUGAUGGAAUUAGGUGUCUGCUAAAGAAUGAUAUGAAAUCACUUGGCAAUGCAAGUGAUGGGAAAUGAAGGAAAAUAAAGAGCAUAAAAGACAAGUGUCUGCAUUUUCUACAGCUGACAACAGUUUCGAGCCACCGUACAGCCUUCACCAGGGCCAUGCCUGAACUGAUCCAUGCACAGUUUUAGAUAACAGUGAUGAGGCUGGUCUGAGCGUUGAACUAAAGAAGGCAGGAUGGAACUGGAUAACAGUUCACUGGACUACUUUACCAGCAACUUCACAGAGAUUCCUGCCACUGCUACAAGUCCGCCCCAGAGUGAGGCCACACUACUCGGCCUCCAGAUCUCCCUCUCUGCGCUAUUAGCUGUUGUCACCCUGGCUACUGUGCUCUCAAACGCCUUUGUCAUUGCCACCAUCUUUCUGACCAGGAAGCUCCACACACCUGCCAACUUCUUGAUUGGUUCCCUCGCCGUCACAGACCUGCUUGUAUCUAUUUUAGUUAUGCCGAUUAGCAUCGUCUACACUGUCAGCAAGACCUGGUCACUAGGGCAGAUUGUUUGUGACAUCUGGCUGUCGUCUGAUAUCACUUUCUGCACUGCUUCCAUCUUGCACCUGUGUGUGAUCGCGCUGGACCGCUACUGGGCCAUCACAGAUGCGCUGGAGUACUCUAAACGCCGAACCAUGCGCCGGGCAGGGGUCAUGGUCGGGGUGGUGUGGGUGAUCUCUAUAUCGAUUUCCAUGCCUCCACUUUUCUGGCGGCAGGCCAAAGCCCAGGAGGAGCUGACAGAGUGCGUGGUGAAUACAGAUCAGAUCUCUUACACCCUAUACUCAACCUUCGGCGCCUUCUACGUCCCCACAGUGCUUCUCAUCAUUCUCUACGGACGGAUCUAUGUUGCUGCCCGCUCUCGAAUCUUUAAGACGCCAUCGUGCUCUGGGAAACGUUUCACCACAGCACAGCUCAUCCAGACCUCUGCAGGCUCUUCUCUCUGUUCUCUUAAUUCCGCCUCCACCCAGGAAGCACACCUACACUCUGGCAACGCUGGAGGUGGAGGAGGAGGGGGAGGAUCACCUCUGUUCAUGAAUAGUGUGAAAGUGAAGCUGGCAGACAGCGUGCUGGAGAGGAAACGUCUGUGUGCAGCUCGGGAGAGGAAAGCAACCAAGACAUUGGGCAUCAUCCUGGGUGCGUUCAUUGUCUGUUGGCUCCCGUUCUUCGUCGGCACACUUGUCAUGGCCAUAUGUAAAGAGUGCUGGUUCGAUCCAGUGCUUUUUGAUAUAUUUACAUGGCUGGGAUACCUGAACUCUCUCAUCAAUCCUGUCAUCUACACCUCAUUCAAUGAUGAGUUCAAACAGGCUUUCCAAAAACUCAUCAAAUUCAGACGGUGCUCCUGAAAGAACUAAAAGUGGAUUAAGACUGAUAUUACUUGGAAUACAGGGAGUGAAAAUGACAAAACAAAACUAGGUAAUAAUGACAAUAAUAGUACUUAAAUGUUCCAUCUUGUCAACACAUGAUAGCUGUGAUAUGUUUUUGUUUUUCACAUCAGCAGCUCCGUGCCAUGGCUCUUUAGAUUCUUACAGCUUAUCCUUCAUAUAGAUUUAUGCAUGCGUGCUAAUAAAACAAGAGAGAUAAUGUUUGCUUCCUCCGUAAGAAUUGUGGGACUCAUCUUAAACAGAUAUAGAAAAUGAGAUGUGAAGUCAAUUUCAUGUCACAGGGACACUGCUGGUAUUUCUUGGACAAAAGCAAAGAAGGAAAAAGGAUCAGAGUAACUGUAUGGAAUGAGCUAACUCAGAGGGACUGGAUUCAAUACAGCGGAAAUGAAAAGCCAUGAAAUAUAUGUUGUCUUAAUCUAUUUGUCAUACUGUAUCUGCUGCUCACAUAUAAUGUUUCUGUGGUACAGUAAAAUACUUGGAAAGAC